CAUCAUCAGCUGGUUCGUGCGGUCCUUCAAGUACAUGUACGGCCUGCGCUUCAAGGUCCAGGGCCGGCAGAAGCUGGAGAUGGAUGGUCCCUGCGUCAUCAUCUCCAACCACCAGAGCAUCCUAGACAUGAUGGGCCUCAUGGAGAUCCUCCCCAAGCGCUGCGUGCAGGUCGCCAAGCGGGAGCUGCUCUUCCUGGGCCCUGUGGGCCUCAUCAUGUACCUGGGCGGCGUGUUCUUCAUCAACCGCCAGCGCUCCAGCACCGCGGUGUCCGUGAUGGCCGACCUGGGCGAGCGCAUGAUCAGGGAGAACCUCAAAGUGUGGAUCUACCCCGAGGGCACACGCAACGACAACGGGGACCUGCUGCCCUUUAAGAAGGGCGCCUUCUACUUGGCCAUCCAGGCCCAGGUGCCCAUCAUCCCCGUGGUGUACUCCUCCUUCUGCUCCUUCUACAACCUCCGGACCAAGCUCUUCACCUCAGGAACCGUCAAGGUACAAGUUCUGGACGCGGUCCCCACCCUCGGCCACACUGUGGCUGACGUCCCCAAGCUCAUGGACUCCUGCCACCAAGCCAUGAGGGCCACCUUUCUGGAGAUAUCCACACAGCCCCAGGAGAACGGGGUGGCCGAGAGGCCCAGGGCCCAGCCGGCCCAGUAGCCUGGCCACAGUGGGGUGGGGGUGCCACGAGGCUGCACGUGCACAGAGGGGACCCCAGACUGCUUCAUACCGCUGUGUCAGAGCUGGAAGCUCCAGAUCGAGGCCCCCAACAUCCCCUCUGGGGCCCGCCGAGGGCAGGGACCCCCACCCUCACACUUGUGCCUCCAGAAUCCAGAGGGGGCCGGGCCACCAGGCCCUGGGGCAUCCCCAGGUCCAGGCCACAGCCUGUAUCAGGCUUUUAGGGAGACGGGGGCUCAAAGCCAGGACUCCUGGUCUGCCACACCACCAGCCUCAAGGACUGUCCACAGCGCCUGUGCUGCACACGGUUCAUUUUUAUAAACAAACUCUUGGAA